GAUUACGACAGUACUACUUUAGAAGUGAAGUCUAUGAAGUGAAGGUCGUGUGGAUUGUGGUAUGAUAAAACCGAUUGGAUUGCACCAGGAAGCGCACUGUCUGGGAGCCUCGUCUGCUGCAAUUCGAUGUACGUCCGAGAAUUCGAUGUUUACACCGCAUCAAGUUAGUGAGUUUCCUAGUGACUUUUCGCCUUUCCCCUAAACAGUGAAGGUUGUGUGUGUGUCGGGUUUGCGAUGUCGGAUUUAGGAAGCGGAGAUGAGGGUUCAAGUUCGCAAAAAUAUCACCAAGGAAUGGAACAGGGGAGCAGCGAAUAUGACCCAGGUCAACAGGGUCAGGUGGAACAAGAAUUGGCCACAAAAAUGUUACAAAUUCAAAGUAAACGGUUUUAUUUAGACGUUAAACAAAAUCGGAGAGGAAGGUUUAUUAAAGUUGCUGAGAUCGGAGCAGAUGGCAGGCGUUCACAGAUUUUCCUGGCCCUUUCCACUGCUGCCGAAUUUAGAGAUCACCUCUCUGCCUUUAGUGACUUUUAUUCCUCACUGGGACCUCCGAAUCCAGACAACGUCCCCGAAGACGGCAAGCUGAAGAGCGAGAUGAUGAUAAAGGACAACCGACGCUAUUACCUCGACCUGAAGGAGAACUCGCGGGGUCGUUUCCUCCGCGUCUCCCAGACGAUAACCCGCGGCGGUCCCCGCUCGCAGGUGGCCAUACCGGCGCAGGGAAUGAUCGAAUUCCGCGACGCCCUCACCGAUCUUCUAGACGAGUUCAGCGCCGACGAGCACGCGUACAAACCCGACCUGCCCGAAGGCCGGCACAUGCACGUCGACAACAAGAACUUCUACUUCGACAUCGGCCAGAACAAUCGCGGUGUCUAUAUGCGUAUAUCGGAAGUUAAGACGAACUUUCGUACGGCCAUCACGGUCCCGGAGAAGAGCUGGCCUCGGUUCAGGGAUAUAUUGGCCGACUAUUGCGAUAAGAUCAAGCAGCAGCCGACGACGACCGCGGGCUCCGGGGGCGGAAGUGGCGUCUCCAACGUCGGCGGCGGCGGGAUCUCGUCCGACCAACCGCAUCCGCUGGUUGGCAACAACACCCAGCAGGACACCGGGACAAGUUUAAAGUAGGCUAGUUGGCCAUUUUAGACUAUUAGAUUUAUUAUAAUAACAAAUUAUAAAAUUGGACAGGAGCGAUGACAAGGUCUCAUCUGUGCGUUUCUCACCGUGUGAUCUUUCAGCAUGAGUGCAGGAAGAGACGUUGCCAUCGCCGUAUGAUAAGUUGUGAGUUGGGUUUCUGUGCAGUGUUGCAAACACUAUAAAUGUUAGAUUCUCUAUUAUAUGUUACGAAAUAUUACUAAAUUAUUUAUUUAGCUCGUUUUAAGUUGUUGGUCGGUAAAGAAACAAAAACAAAAAUCCACGGAAGGGGGCACCACUUUAGAGGAACCAGAAAACAGGCCGAGAUUGUGAAUUUUUGGGUGUUCGACUUUAUUUAAUUUUGUCAAGUUUAGCGUAUAUUCUGUGAUGUUGUGUUGUAUUUUAUCGUGGAAAAUUCAUAUGCUUUGUGAUAAUUUAGUGGUGUACUGUUCAGUUACGGUGUAGUAGAACAGAUCUGAUUUAUGUAGUCGUAGUGUAUUCGUUUGUGCUUUUCCUUGUUUCGAGGUUAGGUUGACCCAAAAAAAAUGCUCUUGUACAAUUUCUAUAUUAGAAAAGUAUUGUCAAGGCGGAUCCUGAUUGCAAUCGUGAAUCGACAAACGCGUUCAUUUAGCACCGCAGGUGUUGGUUUUUGUUUUUUCUUAUGGCUUUAUUCGUGUUGUGGUGCCCCAAUUUUGAGCCAGAGUCUAUGAAUCAGUUGGUGAAAGCUCUUUCACGGGUCUUAGCUCAGCAUACAUUCUUACAAAAUAUUGUGAUUAGAAAAGUUUUAAAUUAUUUUUUAUAAUUUGAGAACGUUUUUGCAUCAAAAUUUUAUAUGUAUAAAAAAUUAUAUAAAUAUGAUAAUUAUAUGAAAAGUUUUUUUUGACAGUUUUAUCUUCUUAUCUGCCACGAUGUUUUUUAUUUAGAUUUUUAUUUUUGUAGAUAACUAGUCAACUUUUUUAAUUUUUGGGACUCUGCGAGGGUGGGCAGCUGCCGAAUUAAAGUGCGUAGUUGCUGUAGGCUAAAAAGCGGUACUUUUUGGAUUCUUGCUAUUGUUUUGUUAGAAAUACGCAACAAGAACCUCGUUUGUCGUUGUAUGAAGUGCGCAACAUCCGAAACGCUCCCCUCCUAGUACUACUUUAUCUAAUGAAAACUGCCAGUUUUGUGGUUAAUUAUGUUCGGGGCAUUUGUGGAUGCAGCUUAUUUCGUAUAUGCUAGUUUGACGGGCAAUCGUCCAUCCUCGUCCCAAACUUUCCCAGAUUGUAUUAUUAAACUCAGAAACUAGCUUUUUAGUGAUACUAUAAAUUAUAUAAUAAAAAAAAGAUUAAUGUUGCGAAAAUUUUAUGUAUGUAUUGGAGAUUUUUAAAUUAUUAAAAUGCUGGACAUUAUUAUUACUAUUAUUAUUGCGGCUCUGAAUUUUUUUGAGAAACUUUUGCACCGUUUUUAACCAUGAUUUCGUAGUUAUAAGGGUUCUAUUUUAUUUCCGAAACACCUACACUUUCAAAAAAAAUCAGAGCAGAUUUUUUGUUCUUUGAAAAAGAAAACUUUUGAAAGUACGAAAAUCUGCCAUCCAGUUUUUAGCUUUAUUUGUCCUUUCAUUUGUCAUGUUUGUACUUUUCAAAGUUUUAUAUAUUGAUGAGAAAAAAAAUUUAUAUACCUAGAUUGUGUGUAUUCUUUUUAUGUUUGUUUAUGCAAACAUGACGAGAAUCUGGCUGUUUGUGUAUUGACUAUAUCAACUGCCUGUUUUAUUUCUCGUGAAAAAUUUGCGUUUUCACACGAACACGAAACGAAACAUAUACCAAAGACAUUUUCCUUUAGUCAUAGUCUUAUCACUUUUGUUUUGUUCCUCGAGGAUUAUGACGUCAAUUAGGCCAUCAAAAAUCUGGCAGCUGAUGUAUUCUGUACAUUAUAAUAUUAGGUAAGGUAAUGUGUUCUAUAAAAUUCAUUGGUAAAAAAAAAUAGAUGUUAUUAAGUAGGCUACCGCGUAAAAUUCUAUCUGUAACUAUGAGUAAUGGUCGAUUGGUUGGGCGACUUCACUUUCUUUCUUUCUUUGCCUUUUGAUUUCUAUUUGUGUGUUACAUUCGUAUCAGUAUUAUCGAUCAAAGUUAACAAUGUACGCGGACGUUUGAUUGUUCUUACGCGCUGAACUAAUAACUUUAUUAAUCGUGGUUAUAGAUAUUAUUGUUAUGUCCCAUUUAAGGUGUUUUAAUAAAAUAGAAGGAAUAGUUUGGUAAAAAACAAAAAGAUUCACGGAUCACAACCGAUUUGCGGUCCAAUUUCGGACGCCAUAACACACGUAUAAUUUAUAUUGAAAUGUUAUUUUAAAAACUUCAGUUACAAAAAAAAAUAAACAUUUAUAAAAAAACUA